AUGGCCACAUUUUUCCGAGAUACCGCAUUUGGCCAGGUUGUUCGUCUCUUAUCUCAUAGACGGCUUCUUCGCUACCCUGACGAGAUUGACCCUCUUCUUUGGAAGAAAUCAUUGCAACAGCAUGGGGCAGCAGGGUGUAGCAUUUCCGACCCAGGUGUGGAGAGCAAUUCUGCCCAAAUUCUGUCAGACAAUGAAGAAAAGUCGCCUAUUCGUGACCCGAGACGACAGAUGGGCCUAAUAGAAAAUGGAGCGGGUCCUGCUCAAGCUGUCGAAGACGGACGAGAUGUCUACCUAGUCGGUUGGUACGGACCAGACGACCCAGAGGACCCCCUAAACUGGCCUGAAAGCUGGAAAUUCAUCAUUGCUUUCCAGGUGUGCAUUCUUAACUUCGUGGUAUAUAUUGCGAGCUCUCUCUACGUGCCCGGUGAGACCAGCUUUAUGGAGGAAUUCGACGUCUCGGAGACUGUGGCAACAUUGGGUUUGUCUCUGUUCAGCGUUGGCUAUGGUUUUGGCCCCAUGCUAUGGUCGCCCAUGUCGGAAAUGCCGAGUCUGGGACGCAGUCCCAUCUAUGUCUGGACGCUCUUGAUCUUUGUUCUUCUGGAACUUCCCGUCGGCUUUGCCGUGAAUCCUACCAUGUUUCUCGUCUUCCGGACCCUGAGCGGAUUUGUCGGCAGUCCUACCUUGGCCACCGGCGGUGCCACCAUUGCGGAUGUCUACGGCCCUGCGCGAGCAGCCUUUGGGAUAUGCAUUUGGGCAUCCUUUGGUGUAUGCGGACCGGUCUUUGGUCCCCUCAUUGGCGGCUUUGUGGCGCCCGUCAAGGGCUGGCGCUGGACAAUUUGGUCUUUUACAUGGAUGUGCAGCAUAUGUUGGCUCUGCCUCUUCUUCCUGCUCCCGGAAACAAGUUCGGCAAAUAUCCUCUAUCGAAGAGCCAAAAGACUGAGGAGGGCUACCGGACAAAAUCAACUCAGGAGCCAGUCGGAGAUCGACUCUGCCCACCAUACAAUGAAAGAUCACGCCAUUGUCCUGGGCAGGGCCUUUGCCCUCACGUUUACAGAGCCUAUUGCCUUUUUGGUAGACUUGUACACGGCGCUGCUUUACGGAGUCCUGUUCAUAUGGUUUGAAUCAUUCCCUUUGGUGUUUGGUGGCCUCUACGGGUUCAGUACUCAGAUGCUGGGUCUCGUCUACCUUGGGAUAUUUGUCGGGGGCGUCAUCACAGUCCCUUGCUACUUGCUCUGGGUAAAGCGUAUUCUAAUUCCCAGUAGCAUGAAAUCAACCUUUAGGCCGGAGCAUGUCCUUCCGCCUACAUGGUUUGGUGCCAUUUCCCUUCCAGUAUGUCUUUUCUGGCAUGGCUGGACAGCUAAAGAGGACAUCCACUGGAUGGUGCCUAUAGUGGGCUCCUCAUUCUUUACCGUGGCCCUGGUCACUUUCUUUAACGGAAUAUUGAACUAUCUCGGCAUGUCAUACCCAGUGUAUGCUGCCUCUGUGUUCGCGGGCAAUGGGCUAUUUCGUGCUUUAUCCGGUGCGGUUUUCCCAUUAUUUGUAUGUACAUCAGAACUAAGCCAGCUCGUUAUGGUCUGCUAA